CAUCCCCUACGAAUCAUUGCCGUCGCCCUCUACUCCUCCUUCGACUUCUUCCUUUGCAUCCACACCCGUAACUAGUCCCGCCAAUCCUUUGUUGUAACCAUCCUUCACCAUCUUUUGGAUGUUCUGCCCUGCAAUUUGUUUAAAAUCCCUAAUUCACUUCAAACCCUAAUUUGUAAUAGGGGAGAAGCAGGUGGUGGUGUUGCGUCGGAGCACCCCAAAUGAAAGGGUUUUUGGUUCCCGGAUAAGAAGAUGCAGAUGAAUGACGAAGGAAUCGACGCCUCCCAUCUCACCGAUUUUGGCGAAAGCCUGGCGACUUGUAUGGAAGGGAACGAGGAGGCGAGGGCGGCGGUGGAGUCGUGGUAUUGGAAGGAUUGGGGGGUUUGCAAUUGGGAUCUACCGAGGUGUUGAGAAGAAGUGCAGUCGCUGCCGACUCGUCUCGCCCUCGCCGACUAGCCGUCGCCACUUCAUCUUUCCAUCACGACUAGCCCUCGCUUCGAACUUUCAAGCCGGUGAGAGUGGCGGAGAGGAAGACGAGAAUGUCGUCGUCGCCGCUCCCUUCUUCCUCGACGGAAUGUGAUUAGAAGAAGAAGAGGAAAGCUUAUGAAGGUUUCUUUUUUAUUUUUGAUAACAAUAUAUUAUUUUUAUUUUUUAUUUAAUUUUUAAUUAAAAAUAUGAGGUGUCAUUGACAUAGCAUCUACGUGACUGCCACAUCAACAAAAGUCAAUGUUAAUGUUGACUUCCGUUUGGUUAACCGUUAUCUAUAACGGUCAACGAAAUCGUCAGGACAUAAAUGACACACAACUAUCAUACGUUGUGACACAAAUGUCAUAUCAGAUACUUUAGGGCACAAAUGACACAAAGUUAAUAGUUCGGAUUUCCUAGUGGUAUUAGCCCUAAAUAUUCCAGGAAAAUUAAUUGUAUGGGUGGGGGCGGGUACCCAUGGGGCGGGUUUACCUAAACUCAAAGUCAAUUCAACUCGGUGAAUAGUGAACAGGUUUCAACCCAAACCCGAUCCAAAACAGAUCAACACAAAUUUAACCCGCGUUGACCUGAAUCGGAUAGAGUACCCAUGGGUUCGGAUUUUGUUGCAAUCCACAAUUACGAAGCAUCAAAUUGGAUUGUAUGCAAUUAUAAACUCCACCUGGACUACAAUAGAGUAUCUUCGAACACAUUCAAAGAAUGUGUUUUGCUAGGAACCAGGGGCGGAGCUAUGUUAGUGUUCCGGGGGGAGUUACAUAAAAACUUAUAAAACUAUACAGAGUGUAAAUAAUACACUAAGUUAUGCAAGCUAGUCUGGCGGUUAAGAUCUCUUUAAUAACAUAUUAAUGAUGAUUCUUGGUUCAAUGCUCACGGAUUUUAUUUGGCUAAACUAGUAAAUUGAAUUAUUUAUUUUCAUAUUUGAGUUUGUUAAGUCCUUGAAUUCCAGCCAAAACUCUUCAAUUUGAAGGAUAAUUGCUAAUAUUAAAUGUUAAAUCUUUCAAUACUAUUUUGAUGAAAAUAUAAUUUUAUGCAAAUGUUUGUUGCCUUUAUGUUACAAUUUUCUAAUUAAUACUGUUAUUAUACUAUAAUAUUAAAUUUUUUAACUUUUAUUACACAAUAACAUACUAACAAAAGUCCGGACCCCAAACAUUAAAAUCUCGCUCCGCCCCUGCUAGAUAGGAACAUUGUAACUCUACUCGGCCUCCGAUGAAUAAAAAAUAAAAAAGAGUCAGGAGUUAUAGUCCCUCUGCCUUCAAUGGGGCAGCUAAUGAAAUCCAAAAAUUUAUUUUUCUAAUCUUUAUUUAGUGCCACAAUCGCCAGCUACAACUUUGUUGGCAAUUUUAUUUUCUUUGAUGAGUCCAAACCACAAAAUUAUUUAUGACCGAGAGAAUGUGAUGAACAAGAGUCAUCGUCCAGUUUGUGAACUGAUCCUGUCGCAUUGUCGAGAAGAGAAGAGGAGAUGAGAAGAGAGGCAUAUUAAGCCAUUAACUACUACGUACAGUCUACAUGUGAUAUGAUUGGAAUAAGUUUGUCACUGAGACUCUCCAUGUGCUUGGACGGUGCUCGGAUCUAUCUUUAGGAUAUUUUCACCUUUUGUUUCUGAUUAUUAUUAUUAUUAUGAUUUUGGUUUCAAAACCCCGACGGACAAAAUUAUGUUUAAAUAAACAUGGCGGCCAGACUAUAUACAUAGAUCCAUGGAUGGAUUGAUGAAUUGGUUUAGCGGAUACAUGGAUCAAACGAAUUAUGCUCUGUCUUAUCCUGGAUCGGACCAUUGCACACCCCUAGACAUCUAAAUAAGCAAGUGUCAAUAAAUUUUUAUGGUGAAA